AUGAGCGCGUUGACGCACGCGUUCGCCGCCCCGCCCGGGGCCACGCUCGCCCCCGCGCGUCGUGGCACCCGCGCCCGCGCGAGGCGCGUCGCGAUCCCGCGCGCGUCUUCCUCCGGGAUCUCCAAGCCCGAGGGGUGGACGCCGCCCACGCCGCAGAAGUUCACCGUCUCGGAAGGCCGCCUCGGCACCGUCGCGCACUCCGCGAUCCCGCUCGUGCUUCGCGCGGGCACGGGCGCGCUCAUCAACGGCUGGUCGCCCUCGCUCGUGGACGACGACGACGCCAGCGUGUACUCCAUCGCGCGCGUCGCGGGGAAGCGCCUCGCGGAGGCGUCCGAGCUCGGCCCGCGCCCGGCGACGCCGAUCGAGGUGUUCGAGUACGAGGGCAGUCCGUACUGCCGCAAGGUGCGCGAGGCCGCGGCGGUGCUCGAUCUGGACGUCCUCUACAGGCCGUGCCCGAGCGGGGAGGCGUUCUACCGCCCCGCCGCGAAGGCCGAGGGCGCGAAGACGUUCCCGUACAUGAAAGACGCGAACACCGGAGCCGCGAUGACGGAGAGCGACGACAUCGUGGAGUAUUUGUUCCGCAACUACGGCCCGCGCGCCGGCGACCCCGACGUCGACGACAUGGACGCGACGACGCUCGGCGUGCCGUUCAUGCUCCGCCGCGGCGGGAUCACGAACCUGACGUGCUACGCCGCGGCUCUCGCGCGGUUGAAGGGCCUGAAAGCGCGUCCGUCGCGCGCGGCGGCGGCGGCGGCGGCGGGAACCCCCGUCGAGCCGCUCGCGCUGUGGACGUACGAGGCGAGUCCGUUCACGAAGGAGGUGCGGGAGGUCCUGACCGAGCUCGCGAUCCCGCACGUGGUGAGGUACUGCCCGCGAGGGAGCGCGAAGCGGGACGAGCUCAUCGCGAAGACGGGGACGUUUCAGGUGCCGUUCUUGGAGGAUCCGAACACGGGCGUGGAGAUGUUCGAGUCGGCGGCGAUGGUGGAGUACCUGGAGGCGACGUACGCGCUGUGA